AUGGCGUCCACCAACGCUCUGAAGAAUGGCGCCGAAGCGGCCGCCCAUGGUGCGUCAACAAAACUUCAGGGCCGCAAGUUUUACGAAAGCAUCGGAAGUCCCAAGUAUAUUGUAGCCCCGAUGGUGGAUCGUUCCGAAUUUGCCUGGCGUAUGCUCACUCGAUCCUUCAUGCCCGCGGAUGAACCGAAGCCUUUGCUAUCAUACUCCCCCAUGUUCCAUGCCCGACUGUUCGGUGAUCAAGCCAAAGUGCGCGCUCAACAUUUCCAACCGACCCGCGAAGCGACUGGUGAUAUGGAGCGAAAGGACGAACUUUACCUCGACGGGAAUCCCGAGUUUGAUCGACCACUUUUUGUUCAAUUCUGCGCCAACGACCCCGACGAAUUUUUGGAGGCAGCCCGCCACGUCGCUCCAUAUUGCGAUGCUGUUGAUUUGAAUCUGGGCUGCCCUCAAGGAAUUGCGCGUAAGGGACAUUACGGUGCCUUCCUUCAGGAGGAUUGGGACUUGAUCUACAAGUUGAUCAAUCGCCUGCAUACGGAGCUGUCAAUACCAGUCACCGCGAAGUUCCGUAUCCAAGAGACCAAGGAAAAGACGCUUGAAUACGCCAAGAUGAUUCUUUCAGCCGGCGCGAACAUCAUUGCUGUGCACGGGCGCAGGCGGGAACAGAAGGGACAUGAGACAGGCCUGGCAGACUGGAGCUACAUUCGGUACCUGCGGGAUAAUCUACCUCCCGAGACCGUCAUCUUCGCCAACGGCAACAUAUUGAACCACGACGAUAUCGAGCGGUGCAUAAAAGCAACUGGCGCCGAUGGUGUGAUGAGCGCGGAAGGCAACCUGUCCGAUCCGACUAUUUUCGGCACCCCACCAUCGCCUGGCAACGAAGGACGAGAGUACUGGCGUGGUCGGGAUGGAAAGGGCGGAUACCGGAUCGAUGCAAUCCUCCGAAGAUACCUCGAUAUUGUGUACGAGUACGUGCUUGAGCAGCCUGUGCCCGAGCGAAAGCCACUUUAUCUUCCCUCCGACCCCGUCGACGAUCUUGACGAGACACAGAACAACGGCAACGAGAAUGAGCCGGAGGACGGCCCACCCCGGAAAAAGCAAAAGCGCGACAAGCAAAAGCGGACCAACUCUCCCAGUCUGGGUGUCAUGCAAGGCCAUCUCUUCCAGGUACUGCGACCGAUGGUCGGUACGCACACCAAUGUCCGUGAUGCACUCGCUCGCACACGGCCUGGCGAUAUGCCCGCUUUUGAACAUGUACUUGCUCUUGUCGAAAAGGCCGUCAAAGAAGGCCUGAAAGAGUAUCAGGUGAACCCGGGAAAAUUCGAAUUGAAAGCGGAUGAGCCAUUGACCGGCUCGAAAGCAACAAUUGCUGAAUAUGGUCGUCCUUAUUGGAUCUGCCAGCCGCACAUCCGUCCGUUGCCCGAGGAAGCUUUUGAGACUGGGGCUCUCACGGCCAAGGGAAAGACUACAGUGAAGAAGAAUGGUUCCAAAGAGUCCACAGCCGGCGAAAAUCCCGUGACAGAGACCCAUGUUCCAAAGAAGGCGAAUGCCACUGCGGCUGGAGAUGCUACUCAGGAGAUAGUCCCUAACGGGACUGCCGACGACGGACAUUCCAGCAGUGGAGACGUCACCAAUGGAAAGAACACCAAUGGUGCUGUCUCGACCGAUGCAAAUGCUACGAAUGGCGAUCUUAUGAAAGGAACACCAUCGACACCCGAUAACCUCGUGAGUGGAUGA